GAGCGAAGCCGGACGAAACGAUGCUAUCCUGCAUUGCGAUUCUUCUUUCCUUCUGCGGUGCUAUCCGGCAACUGGACGCUUCCCCUUCAAACAGCUACUUGGUGGAAGCGGAGCCUGAGUUUGCAGAACCUAUCAAUAAUGUGACUGUUGCUGCUGGACGAGAUGCGCAGUUAAGCUGCACUGUUGAAAACUUAGGGACUUACAGGGCUGCUUGGAUCAAAGUGGAGACGAAGGCUAUCUUGACCAUCUAUCACCACAUUAUAACACGCAACUAUCGUAUUAGUCUCAGUCAUAGCGACAACCGCAACUUCAUUCUCCAGAUUCGCAAUGUACAAGAAUCAGACAAGGGUGGAUACAUGUGCCAAAUCAAUACAGUGCCAAUGAAGAGCCAGGUUGGAUAUCUUGACGUUCUUGUUCCUCCGGAUAUUUUGGAAGAAGGAAGUAGCAGCGAUGUCAUAGUUCGAGAGGGGGCUAACGUGACUCUCACGUGCAAAGCUGUUGGAUAUCCAACCCCGAAUAUCACUUGGAGACGAGAAGACAAUGAACCCAUUCCGCUCGGUGCGUGGCAAGGGAAAAAAUUUACAGAUCCGAAUGCCAUUACGUAUGAAGGUGAAAUUUUGAGCAUUACGAGAGUCAGUCGAUUGCAUACUGGAGCGUAUUUGUGCAUUGCUGCUAAUGGAGUACCUCCAUCAGUGAGUCGAAGAAUCAUUCUUCAUGUUCACUUUCCACCUGUUCUUUGGAUUCCAAACCAACUGGUUGGCGCUGCACUUGGCCGAGAUGUGACACUGGAUUGCCAUACUGAAGCAUAUCCCAGUUCUAUCAAUUACUGGGGUCGAAGACCUGGAGAAAUGAUAAUAUCCAACGACAAGAUGCUGGUCACCAUCAAAGAGAAGACCUACAAGACCCACAUGAGGCUAACGAUUAAAAACUUGCAACCAGAGGACUUGGGAAGUUACAUGUGCUACUCGAAAAAUUCUUUAGGCGCUACUGAAGGAGCCGUUAGACUUUACGAAAUCCAGCCUCCAACAAGCACUCCAACCAAGGAUACGUCGGCUGUCAGGCGCCAAAGCUCCGAAGCUUUUCCGCAACAUCAGAGUUUGGGAUCCGUGAAAGACUCGACUGAAGAUUCUGCUGCUUCUAAAAGGAAACGACCCGUUCUUAUAGAUGGAGCUUACAGAACAAAUGAACACAUCAAUACUGUUGAAGAUAAGCGUGUCAACAAAGCAAAGGAAACUCCUCAGCUCAAAAAGGAGAUAAAAGAAGAAACCAGUGGUCAACCAGAAAACCAAAUCAAUUGGAUUUUGCUUUUCCUAUCUUUUGCCCUGCUCUUGGGGAAAAGAUGCAGCAGUGAAGUUCCUACGUAACCGAGCAAAAAGUUUUGUAAAGACAAUCAAAACUUCCAUGUGAAAAUCUCUUAUUGAUGGAAUUUUUGUUGCCUAAUUUAUCCUUGAUGUAUAAAUUUGUGUCGCGCGACAUACAGUUAGUGUACUAUACAACCAUGUUGAAGAUAUAUUUGGCAAAAUCAAACUUUUGUCAAGGUAGUUAAAUGGAAUUGCAAAUUGCAUGUCAUUAACGGCAAAGGACAGCAAAGAACAUUCAUAUUUGUGAAAAUCCUGAUGCCAUAUUUAUUUCACAACCCAAAAGACCUGCACAAAGUUGUCAACGUUAUGUAAUAUUUAUUUUAAACAGACAUGACCUUUACAAAUUGUAAAAAUUCUAGAUAUAUCA